AUGCAACAGCGAUCACCAUAGUGGGCAAGGCGGCCGGGUGGUUGUUCAGUUUUCUGCCACCAUCUUUAACUAACAGCCGCUUAGCGGACACAGUUUGUGUACUAAAGCCGGGAGAGUGUAAACAACAAUCGAGACGGACAUUUCCUUCAAACGGACGCCAGGCAAAAGACUUAAAUAAACCAGCUCCUUCCGUCGCGCACACACAGAGCCAUGGUGGAAUACUACCAAAUAUUAGGAGUCCGCAAAAAUGCAACACAAGAGGACAUCAAAAAAGCUUACAGAAAAUUAGCACUGAAAUGGCAUCCAGAUAAAAACCCAGACAACAAGGAGGAGGCAGAGAAAAAGUUCAAAGAGCUGUCAGAGGCAUAUGAAGUCCUGUCAGAUGAAAACAAAAGGAGUCUUUAUGACCGAUAUGGAAAAGAAGGCCUUUCAGGUGUAGGAGGAGGAGGAGGAGGAGGAGGAGGCCACUUUGAUCACUUUGGUGGUGGCGGCUUCACAUUCCGUAAUCCUGAUGACGUUUUCAGGGAAUUUUUUGGUGGUAGAGACCCAUUUGCAGAUUUAUUUGGAGUCCCCCAUGGCCAUCUGGGAGCCUACCAGUUAGGAGUGGAGGACAGUGAGACUUCACCAUUUGCUGUCAUGUCCUGCGUCAUUGCUGAGUAA